AUGCCUUCCGUUGUUCUCUUCGCUGUCGUGAUACCCGUUUUUCUGACUAUACUGGCCCUGGCCUUCCUGACUACGCGGGAGAAGAAGAGCGCGACUACGGCCGCAGCCGUUGCGGCAACGACCGCUGUAUCAGCUUAUCUUGACGCAAAACUCCACCUCACAAAAGACAUCAAGACGAUAUGGAACAACAAGGCCGCGGAGUGGACGUCGCAGAAAGUUGCGAAGGAAAACCGCAAUUCUCUAUGGUACUUCUUCGAGACUCAAGUGAACCGCAUGCCCACCUCCGAGCUCUGCAUCUGGUCCCGCAGCGGCUGCUACACGUGGCAGCAGACGCACCAGCAAUCCUGCCGGUACGCGCAGUUUCUACUCAAUCAAGGGCUACAGCCAGGCGAACUCGUGGGCUUCUACUUGCAGAAUUCGCCGGAAUUCGUAUUCUGUGCGCUUGGGAGCUGGUCCGUGGGGUCGGCGCCGGCAUUGAUAAACUACAACCUGAGCGGAGACGGGUUGAUACACUGCCUCAGAAUCAGUGGAACGAAAUUACUAUUAGUGGACGAGGACCAGGGAUGCAGGGAGCGGAUUGAGGAGUCCAGAGGCAGGAUAGAAGGAGAGCUGGGCAUCAAGAUCGUGAACUUAGACCAGGCGGCCAAGGCGAGCAUCAAUGCGUUGGAGCCGAAAAGACCGGAGCGGAAGUACAGAGAGAAUGUCAAGCCUGACUUCCCGAUGUGCUUGCUAUACACGAGCGGCUCCACCGGCCUUCCCAAAGCCUGUCCCUUCCAACUCGCCCGCGCCCACGUCCUCGCCGGCCCCCGCGUCCGGGCCGUCGGCCUCGAGCCUGGCCCCAACGGCGACAGAUGGUACAACUGCAUGCCAUUGUAUCAUGGCACUGGAUUCACGACUGCCGUGACCUGCAUGAUCAGCGGCGUGGCGCUCUGCGUUGGCAAGAAGUUCAGCACGAGCAGGUUCUGGGACGAUAUCCGAGACAGCGACAGCACUGCAUUCGUGUACGUGGGCGAGACGGCACGAUAUCUGCUUGCAAACCCGGUGAGCGAGCUGGAUAAGAAACACAAGGUCAAGGUCAUGUUUGGGAACGGGCUGCGGCCGGAUGUGUGGAGAAGGUUUACGGAGCGCUUUGGCGUGCCGUGUGUCUCUGAGUUCUUCAACAGCACCGAGGGCGUGUUUGCGCUGCUCAAUGUGUCGAGAGGACCCUACCUCCAAAGCGCUGUCGGCCACCAUGGCGCCAUCCUCCGCACCCUCCUCCACAACACCUACGUCCCCGUAGAAAUCGACCAUGCGACAGGCGAGAUCUACCGCGAUCCAGUCACCGGCUUUGCGCGCCGCAAGCCCUACGAAGAGGGCGGCGAGAUGAUCGUAGCCGUGCCCGACAAGUCCGCUUUCGUCGGCUACUGGCAGAACGAGAAAGCGACGAACUCAAAGUUCGAACGCGACGUUUUCAAGAAGGGUGAUCUGUAUUAUCGCAGCGGGGAUGCGCUGAGACGUACGAAGGAUGGAAGGUGGUUUUUCAUGGAUAGGCUUGGGGACACGUUCCGGUGGAAGAGCGAGAAUGUCAGCACGGCUGAGGUGGCGGAGGCGUUGGGCCAUUUUCCGGGGGUGGAGGAGGCAAUCGUUUAUGGGGUUGAGGUGCCAGGCCAUGACGGACGUGCCGGCUGCGCAGCCCUCUACAUCGCGCCAGACCAACGCGACAAGUUUGACUACGCCGCCCUUCUCGCCUACGCCCGCAAGCAGCUGCCCAAAUACGCAGUCCCGGUAUUCCUGCGUAUUCUAAACUCGCAGGAGGGCAUGCACAACAACAAGCAGAACAAGGUUCCGCUGAAGAAAGAGGGCAUUGAUCUCAAGCUGAUAGAAGAGGCGGCGAAGGAGAAGGGAGUCCAGCCGGACAAGAUGAUGUGGUGUCCGUAUGUGCUGGGGACGCCGAGGCCGGAGGGGGUGGGGGAGAACGAGGGAUAUGUGGAGUUUAAGUGGGCGGAUUGGGAGGGGCUGAAGGUGGAUGGGCAUGGGGAGACGGCGAGCAAGCUCUAG